AUGGUCCAGCUGUCCGCGCGGCCAGCGUCAUGGCGAUGGCUCGCCCUGACCGUGGCAAGUCUCUGGCCGGCUCUCGCCGGUGCUGAUAAGACCACGGCCGACUACUAUGUCCGCAGCCUUCCGGGCCUGGCGCAGGAUCCGCCGACCGUGAAGAUGCACGCUGGUCACAUCGAAAUCACCCCCGCGCACAACGGAAAUCUCUUCUUCUGGCACUUCCAGAAUCAGCACAUUGCGAACCGUCAGCGAACCGUAGUAUGGCUCAACGGCGGGCCUGGAUGCAGCUCCGAGGACGGUGCGCUGAUGGAGAUUGGGCCGUACAGAGUCAAGGACGAGAACACCCUGGUCCCCAACAACGGCUCUUGGCAUGAGUUUGCCAACCUGCUCUUCGUCGACAACCCGGUUGGCGUCGGCUUCAGCUACGUCGAUACCGACAGCUACCUGCACGAGCUGAAUGAGGUUGCCGACCAGUUUAUCAUCUUCCUGGAAAAGUUCUUUGCUCUGUUCCCCGAGUAUGAGCAUGACGAUCUGUAUUUUGCGGGAGAGUCAUACGCCGGACAGUAUAUUCCCUACAUUGCCAAAGCGAUUGUGGAGCGCAACAAGAAGAAGGCCGAAGAGAAGAAAGAGAAGGACGCCUGGAACCUGAAGGGGCUGCUGAUUGGAAACGGCUGGAUGUCCCCGAGGGAACAGUACGACAGCUACCUCCCCUUCGUUUACGAAAAGGGCCUUCUCACCAAGGAAUCGGACGUUGCCAAGAAGCUGCAGUCUAGCAUUAGGAUAUGCCAGAACAAACAGGGCAGCGACCCCGGACACGUGGACUACAGCGAAUGCGAGAGUAUUCUCAGCUCGAUCCUCCAAAUGACCAGAAACGGCAAUGGCAAAGAUGCCUGCUGGAACAUGUACGAUGUGCGCCUCCGAGACGAGUACCCCAGCUGCGGAAUGAACUGGCCGUCGGACUUGGCCGCUGUCACUCCUUAUCUGAGGAGGCGUGAGGUUACAGAGGCCCUUCAUAUCAACACCGCUCGCGCUGCUGGUUGGUCAGAGUGCAGUGGAGCGGUCGGUUCCGCCUUCCAGGCGAAAACCUCGGUUCCUUCAGUCGACCUGCUGCCCGAUCUCUUGAAGGAAGUUCCUAUUCUACUCUUCUCGGGAGCAGAGGAUCUCAUUUGCAACCACAUUGGCACGGAGAACAUGAUCAACAACAUGGAGUGGAACGAAGGCAAGGGCUUCGAGAUCGCUCCCGGCAACUGGGCGCCCCGUCGGCAGUGGACCUUUGAGGGCGAAGUUGCUGGUUUCUGGCAGGAAGCUCGCAACCUCACCUACGUCUUGUUCUACAAUUCGUCCCACAUGGUUCCUUACGACUACCCUCGGCGCUCGCGCGACAUGCUGGAUCGAUUCAUGGGAGUGGACAUCAGCAGCAUCGGCGGCGAGCCAACCGACAGCCGCAUUGACGGUGAGAAGGGCGUCGAGACGACGGUUGGCGGAGCAUCCAACAACACUCACGCGCACGAAGAAGAGACGCACAAGAAGAUUGACGACGCCAAAUGGGCCGCCUACCAGAGAUCGGGCGAAAUCGUGCUGGUCAUUGUCAUUGUCGCCGCCGUGGCCUGGGGCUACUUUAUCUGGCGCCAGCGCAGAGCUCGCGCCACCUAUAGGGCGCUCAGCGGCGUCGAGCCCUCGAGCAGGCACGGCUCUCGCCUCAACUUUGCCAGCCGCAGGCGUCACGGAGAUGUCGAGGCGGCGGAUUUCGACGAGACUACGCUGGACGACUUGCAUGUCGAGACGCCUACUACUCCGGGGAACAAGUAUACUGUGGGAGAGGAUGACGAUAGCGAGGAUGGGCUGUCGGAGAUGGAGCGGGAGAAGAGGAGGAAGCUGAAUCAGCAAGCGGCAAGUUAG